AUGUCGUUACGCAGAAUAUAUACUCUGACUGUGGUUGUUCGUCGUGCCCACCAAAAAUCAAAUGUUCUCAAGCUCGCGGAAGACCCGAACAUGCUCAUCCUUACAUGCCAUGUGACAUACUGGGAUCGUUUCGGAUGGAAAGACAUCUUUGCGAAGUCUGCGUUCGAUCAAAGGCAAUGGGAGUAUGCCACAGCUCUUCGAAGGAAGAAUGUUUUUACGCCGCAGGUCAUUGUCAACGGCCAAGUCGAUGGCGUGGGUCACAAUUCCCGAGAUCUACAGGUUCUGAUUACGAAAGGAAAUGCAUUCAGUACUGCGCAGACAAUGGAGAUCCUCUACAUGAUCCAUGGUGGAGGUAUUACAGUAUCAGGCCUCGGAAAUGAGCAUGGCGUCGUCAGCGUGAUACGAUACGAUGAUAGAGACCAUGAUGGUAGUAUCACGCAUGGCGAGAACAACGGACGAAAAUUACGACACAGUCACAUUGUCAAAGAUGUUACCCAUGUGGGCAGCUGGAGCGGGGGGUUCCAGAGUUACGCUUUACCGCCCCUGCAGAGAGGUGGUGAGAAGGUUGCAGUACUGGUCCAUGCAGGUGCAGGAGGCCCAAUCAUUGGAGCGGCUCGCAUAAAGGAGGCAGAAGGUCUUGAUUUACGCGAGGAUACUCUGUGA